AUGGAAGCUUCACUAGAAGAGCAACUGCUGAGGAAGAUCACCGCGCUUGAAGCUGCUGAUGCCAGCCUUGAAGAAAUACCAAAGUUGUUGCUUCAUGGUACCAGUUUCGACUCUGGAAUUGAUUCAUGUAACCAGCUGCGUCACUCGAAUUCAGCUAAGCAACAGACUUUGGCUAAUCCAGAGAGAAAGGGUAGUCAUGAUCAUCUAAACCCUCUAGAAGGAAGUGUAAACAUCAUGAAUAAACAGUGUUUGAAUAUCUUGCAGUCAAUGGGUCAGGCGCUUCAUGUUUAUGAUCAGAAUGGUCUGGUAACUUACUGGAACCGUGCGGCUGAGCAGCUUUAUGGUUACUCCAAGUCCGAAGCGCUUGGUCGGAGUAUUAUUCACCUCGUUGUUGAGGAGCCUGACUUUAAUGUAGCAGAUGAAAUAAUACGCAGAGGUCCCUUAGGGCAGCAGUGGACUGGACAGUUUCCAGUCAGGAAUAAACAAGGGAGACGAUUUCAAAUUUAUAUAACCACUACUCCAUUUUAUGAUGAUUGCGGUGCUUUUGCCGGGGUUGUUUGUUUAUCAAGUGAUUCUCAGUGCUUUAUAGAAAUGCUAACACCAUUUUCUACUGGAACAAAUCCUUCUUCUGUAACCGCAUACCACGGCUCUUGUGAGCCACGUAAAUGUGGUGUACCAACAACUGGUCUUCAGUAUCAGCGGAAACCUUUUCAAGUUGUGAUUGCUUCCAAAAUAUUGAAUCUGAAAACUCAGGAUAGAAAUAACAGGUACUCCAAUCAACAAGGUUCUUUAGAGACUGGGUCCCCUGGCCCAAGGGUUGAUGACUUGAAAAACCUACCCCAGGGAGAACUCUUUGGAGGUUUUGAUGUAGAGGAUGAAGGUAAAGUUGUGUUCUGCAAAAUGAUAAAGUCUAGGGUGAAGGGAAUAUUCUUGCCAUGUGUACAAAAUGGGCUUGCAGCAAGGACUGCCACCCUUGGUGUAGUGUCUCAUGAACAAGGAAAUGUUGUCAACCCGCAGAAAAGGUCUGACCAACAAGACCAGGUUGUUGGGAGUCGCCCGUUCGCUAGAAAUGAAGCCUCUAGCUCCCUGGGUAAACGUUGCAGCAUCAGGCCACGCCAUGAAUUCGAUGUGGAAGCAGACUCUUUGAAUUAUGAUAUCUCGUGGGAAGACUUGACGUUCGGUGAACAAGUAGGACGAGGUUCAUGUGCAGCUGUUUAUCGGGGCUGUUGGUGCGGCUCGGAUGUUGCGGUAAAGGUAUUUCCCAAAUUUGGGUACUCAGAUGACUUGCUACGCUCGUUCAAACAAGAGGUAAUACUUAUGAAGAGGCUCCGGCAUCCAAAUGUGCUACUCUUUAUGGGAGCAGUGACUUCACCGCAGCAUCUGUGCAUUGUCACUGAGUUCCUUCCGCGUGGAAGUUUGUUUCAGUUGCUUCGACGUAAGACUCCUCUAGAAUGGAAACGACGUGUUCUCAUGGCUUUGGACAUUGCACGAGGUAUGAAUUACCUUCAUCAUUACAAGCCACCGAUUGUUCACCGUGAUUUGAAGUCGUCGAAUCUGUUGGUUGACAAGAACUGGACCGUGAAGGUUGGUGAUUUUGGUCUCUCACGUCUGAAGCAUGCAACAUUUUUGACUGCAAAUAUUGGGGAAGGAACUCCACAAUGGAUGGCUCCAGAGGUUAUUCGUAAUGAGCCAGCAGAUGAAAAGUCUGAUGUAUAUAGCUUUGGGGUAAUCCUGUGGGAGCUUGCCACACUCAAUAUUCCCUGGGAUGACCUGAACUCAAUGCAGGUGAUUGCAGCUGUAGGAUUCAUGGACCAACAAAUUGAGAUCCCAAAAGACACACACCCACAAUGGGCAUCUCUAAUUCAGAAUUGCUUGAACAGUGACCCAAAAAGACGUCCAACAUUCGAGGAACUGCUUGAGAGGUUACAGGUUCUAUGGAGGUAUUAUUCGGCUCAAAAGCUCAUGUGA